CACUAUUAGUAGGGUCUAGUGUUAUUUGGCUGCGAUUUUCUGUAAGGUGGAGGUACUUCCCCAGUUGGGCUCUACUCUAGAUCUGGAAUGAUUUUCUUUUCUUUGAAGGGAAUAAUCGAGUGAUAACGAUUAUGGGCAAAACUAUAGGUACUUAAUUUGCAAUUAAAAAUAAAGAUAAUAUUACAUACUAGCAACACUAGCCUCUUCUUGUCAAAUUGUCAAUUUUCCAUCUGUGACUAAUUUCAGUGCCGUACACUUCAAUUUGUUUCGAUAGAAUUUUCAAGUUCACGAAACCCAACCAGCCAUUCUUGUUUCGGUCUCGAGCUCGUCGCGUUCGCUGCGCUUGACGCUCGUUUAUUUUGUUAUGCGAUGUCGGGAGUGAAAGGAGUUCUGUAACGCACGAGUGUUUUCAUUAACCGUACUGUUUACAGCAUGAUUGUGUAAACUGGUCUGGACUAAUGUCUGUUAUUUGUUGAACGAAUUAUCAAGAAAACGUAAACAUGGUGCAGGAAUUCGUGUCUCCCGUGAGGGUCCACAAGUUCCCAUUCGAAAUGGUUAUGGCUGCAUAUGAGCGGCGGUUUCCGAGCUGCCCGCAGAUCCCCGUGGUCCUGGAGUGCGUGAUCACUGAAGAUAGCUGGUCCGAGGACGACUCCCAGCGAGAUACCUCGCGACGUUGCCAGCUGAACGUCGAUGCACCUUAUCUAUUGAAAAAGAUGGUCGGCGUCGACUACAUCUAUUUCAUCCAGAAGAACCACCUGGAUCUGAAAGCGCGAGUGCUGGAGAUCGAGGCUAUCAACGAAUCCUUCGCCAACAGGGUCGUGGUGUUAGAAAAAUGCCGAUAUUACGUCCACCCAGAGAACUCGAACUGGACGUGCUUCGAGCAGAGCGCCCACCUCGACGUGACGAACUUCUUCGGCCUAGAGAGCACGGUUGAGAAGAUCGCCAUCAAGCAGUACUCGGCUAACAUUAGCAAGGGCAAGGAGCUGAUCGAGGUAUUCAUGAAGGGCGUGGAAGCCGACGGAAUCACAGACAUCCAGCCUUGGAACCCUGAUGACCCGGCACACAACAGGGAACUCAGGCGCAUUGUCUCCAGAAACACUGAGCCCCUGUCACCAAGGACCACGACGGAGCCUCAGCGACAGCCUAAACCAGACCAAUACACGCUCGACAGCGAGUACAUCAAGCGAUACCUCGGGGAACUGACGCCGAUGCAGGAGUCCAGACUUCUGCAGCUCAGGAAGUGGAUCGCUGACUUGCAGAAGGGAAAGGUACCAUCAGACACGACACUUCUCCGCUUCCUCCGCGCCCGCGACUUCAACGUGGAGAAGUCCCGCGAGAUGCUCUCCCAAUCCCUGCUCUGGCGCAAGCGGCACCAGGUCGACCGUAUACUGUCGGAGUACGAGACGCCGCAGGUCGUGGCGCAGUACUUCCCGGGCGGAUGGCAUCAUCACGACAAAGACGGACGUCCGCUGUACAUCCUACGACUCGGUCAGAUGGACGUUAAGGGUCUCCUUAAGUCCGUCGGUGAAGACGGCCUCCUGAAGUUGACACUUCACGUGUGUGAAGAGGGUCUCAAACUCCUGGAAGAAGCCACCCGUUCCUCCGAGCACGCGGUCCAGUCCUGGUGCCUCCUGGUAGACCUGGACGGCCUCAACAUGAGGCACCUUUGGCGACCUGGAGUCAGAGCUUUACUGAGGAUCAUACAGAUCGUUGAGGCGAAUUAUCCCGAGACUAUGGGACGUGUACUCAUUGUGAGAGCUCCGAGGGUCUUCCCGAUAUUGUGGACGAUUGUCAGCACGUUUAUAGAUGAGAACACCCGCAGCAAGUUCCUGUUCUACGGCGGCAAGGAUUACCUGCAGCCAGGCGGCUUGCUCGACUACAUCCCCAAGGACCUCAUACCGGACUUCCUCGGAGGGCCUUGCAAGUCGGACAUAGUAGACGCCUCGAUGAACGUGCCGCAUCAGUAUUACGACUACAGUUUCGUGCACGAAGGCGGCCUGGUGCCGAAGAGUUUGUAUGUGAGCGGAGCCUUCACCGAGCGCGACGGGGACCCGCUGUGCGAGGACAGCAUCUACCGCUCCGUGAGCCUUGGGAAGGGCCAGGUGCACGAAGUGAUCGUGAACAAUAAAGACCCGCAGAGCGUGCUGACCUGGGACUUUGACGUUCUCCGACACGAUAUAGCGUUCACCGUGUAUCGCUCGCCACACGACCUGGAGCUCGACGAUCCUACAGGAUCUUUUGCAGUGGUAUGCGCCGGCGCCGGCACGGGGGCUGAAGAAGGUCGCUCGGCGCUCGCGCGGCAAGACUGGCGCGAGGGCGAGCACUUCCACAAGGUGGAGCCCACACUCAUCGCACACGAUGGCGAGAGCAUACAGGGCUCGCACGUGAUGCUGGAGCGCGGCAGCUACGUGCUGCAGUGGCGCUGCGAGCUGCUGGACCACGCGCCGCGCGCGCAGCUCAUGUACUUCCACGAGACGCUCGCCUCCCACCACUACAAGGGCUCGAUGUCGAGCCUGCAGUCGGGCGCGUCGGGCUUCUCGUGCCUCAGCGCGCGCUCGGCCGCCAGCUCGUGCCCCUCGCGGUGAUGCGCCGCGCGCGCGCCCGCGCCCACCGUGCUGGACGCCUAGCGCCCUCCCCGCCGCCGCCGCGCCCAGCCCACUACAAACAACAUAUUAAACGUGUCACAUACUUGUAUCUCCUUGGACUCGCGCAGUAACACGACGACGCGCCCGAGCCCUGACAGCGACACACACGGAGGAGCUAUAUGUCCCUCUCCAUUUGGAGCGAACGAACUAUGCCUCAAGUAGCCUACGGUAUUAUUUAAUGUGUUUCGUACAAACGUGAUUUUUUUAGUAUAAGUUUCUGUUUGCUAGGAAUUAAAAAGUGAUGCGACGCUGCGCCCAAGUUGAAUGAGGCCUAGACCCUGACAGUGACACACGAGGGUAGUUACCUCUCCACUGAGAGCGAACGACUAUACCUUAAACCGAGCCCAAAGUAGACAAUUUGAUGUGUCUCGUACGAACACUUUAAUUAAAUAUGAAAAUUUUACGCAAAGAAUUCUUACUAAAAAUGUCGUCUUAAUAACGCAUAUAGAAUGCGUGUGAUGAAAAAAAAUUUUGACUGUACCAGACAGUCUCUUGUGAAAUGAUCUAAAUUCUUAAAUUAAAAAAUCCCUUUUUACAGGGGUAUAUAUGUGCAAGCUGUCAAUAACUCUAACAAUACAGAGGUAGAAAUACCUCUCCAAAAAUUUACAGCUCAACGCUGCCCUUUUAGAAAAAAUAUACCUCUCUGUAAAGAGAAGAGGUAUCGAAAUAACAUAGCCUUUUUUAAAUGGAAAGGAGAAUACAGCCAUUUUUUCUAUCAAAGUUAUUGCGAAAAAAGAUUCUCCCAAGAAGAUUAUAAAAAUAUACUUACUCUUGUGCAAAGUGGUUUUACCUCUUCUCUAGAGACAACCUCUCCUAAAGAGCUAGUUCACUAUUUUAAAUAAUACAAACUCUUGUAAGAAGGGAAACGUAAGAAAUGCAUCUAAUCUCUAUAAUGAUUAAUAAUAAAAUCCAGGAGCAUAUAAAGGGUAUCAGUUUUGUUGAUUAUUUUUACUAGUUUAAACUUAAGCAAUUGUGUUAGUGAAAUGUAGAAUUUCGUGUAUUUGGCUAUUCCAUCUCGCACGGCUUUCUAGAAAUAAAUAGAAUAUUAAUCUUAAAGAUAUAUACAAUAAAGCACUUUAUUCCAUUGGAAUAAGGUUAUAAAUGUAUAUCUUUGACACUGAAUAACUGAAAUAGUAUCCAUGUUGCAUACAUCCUACACUUUACAUUCGAUGUAUCGUUUCAUGAUCAUAUACUUUAAAUAUAAUUUUAACUGAACUAAAAGCAAGUAAGCCCUCAUAACUACCGAUUGGUAUCUGUAAUGAAGUUGAGAUCAGCUAUAGUUCGUUUUUUAGUACUAGAAAUAAGGUAAACAGUAUUGAAAAAAAAAACGCUUCUUUAAUUAGUUUAUAUCAAACAUUUAUUCAGCAAAUAGGCCACAGGGGCACUUUUACAUGUCCAUUUUUACAAACAAUAAAGAUUACAAAAAACAAUUACAAAUAUCGAUGAAAUAAUAAAUACUUUAUUAGAGAUGUAUACUGUCUCUAAAUGUCAAAUUACACAAAAAAAACUAUGAUAAAAAAAUAAAACCAACAAAUACUAAAAUUCUUUAGAGAUGUAUAAGUCUCUAAGUGUCAGAGAUAAAAUAUAAAAAAAGAUAUUAAAUUAUCCUUAGAGAUGUAGAGGGUCUCCAAGGCUUGAAUUCUUAUAUAAAUAAUUAAAAGACUAAAAAUUGAAUCAGACAAGAACCGAAUGAAGUGUCUCCCGUUAAUGCCACUCAAAAGUAAAGUUACAUACUUAUAACAUAACAUGUAGCCCGUGUAAGCUUAAACAAACCGGUCUCCACAAACAGCACCCGUUCACAAGUAUGACGUGUAUCUCGGCCAUCGCCUCCCUCAACCUUAUACUUUACCUUAUUACUUAUGAAAGCAAAAUAAUGUAAAUAAGGGUUAUUUGUAAUGGUUACAUAUUUGCUGCGACUUAUUUUUCAAAAGUGUUUUUUUAAUAAAAAGACACGUCAAGGUCUUUUUAAUAAAAAGACACGUCAAAGUCUUUUUAUUAAAAAGACACGUCAAGGUCAUUUACCUUGUUUCUAAUGCUACAAAAAAUGAACUAUGAUUGUGAACGAAAGUAAGCCAAUGAACAUGUGAUGUUAGUUAGUACGUCCAAGCUAACCUUGAACCGAAUUUGACACAACACAAGAGUAGAAGUUAUGGAGUGUGGAUUUAAGAGGAGAGAAAUCUCUUAUGAUAGAACUGUUGCAAAAGUGUCCAGCUGUCAGCUAUAAAUAAUAGUUCCAAAUCUCUUCAGAGUAGCGCUAGAGUAGCUAAGAACCUAGGCGUUAUUGACGGAGUGAAAUGCGCUGUCUAUGAUUUGAUUUUUUUGUUCAAGUACUCUAGGUAUUGUAGCGCCAUCUAUUUAAGGUUUUUUGAUGACACUUUGGUACAUGGAGAUUUCUUUCCUUACCUGCACCUUCCAUAGUAGAAGUGUUGUUUACGUCAUAUUUCCAUAUAAAUUUGACAUCUAUGACGACACUUGUACAAUUUUAUAAUUGCGAGUGCUGCAGAGUUAGUUUGGUCUGAUUCUAGAAGAAAAUGAUCUUUCCUUUAGUGUAAUUAAACAAACAAAUUAAAAUUAGAUCUUAUUCUAUUGGACUGUAAACCCAAAAUCGUAGGGCACCCAGAGUUAGCAAAUAUCGAAAUUUUCUCGACUUGAUGACCAUAUUGACCAUACAACAUUUGUAUGGGAUCUGCACAAUUGGCCAGCUAUUGUGUGCAUUGUACAAUAAAUACAAUAAUAGGUACAUAUGAUUAGAUUAAUUGACUAUGUAGUAUUUUAGGUUGUAGCUAAAUACAAUUUUAGAAUAAGCAAUAUUGGGUGGUUGAGCUAAGGGAUUCUAUAGGUAGUUAAAAGGUACCACUUAGGGCUAAGCCAGACGAAGUAUUUUUUUGAGUUGUGAUUCUUGUAAUUUCGGUUGCUAGAAUUGUGCUGCAUUCGGUUAAAUACAAAAGGCCUGUUUGGUUCUUACGAAAACGCAAAAUGAGUUAUUUUAUUUUUAAUGCAAUUAUAGUUACACGGCAUUACGGCAUAAAAAUAGCAAUACGCAUUCAUUCCAAGAAACACAUAAUAGAAAAGUAGGUACAAGGUACACAGGAAGAAUAGAAAAUAACUGGGUGAAUCAACUUUUUUUGUUUUGUUAUCCUGUCCCGUUGUCCAAGGGACAACAGUGGCACAGUUUGUUGGAAGAGACGUUGUAUGCCGUUCUAUUAACAUGCUUAGUAGGGGGCCUAUUAUGGACAUUGGUUAUAACGACCACAAAAACGCAAGUUUGAUACAUUUAAGUACCAUAAAAUCAGUAUUUCAAUGAACUUUUGUCCCCUGGACAAAUAAUCGUAACCAUGGCAACGAGUGACGCUAAAAAGUUGAUUCUCCCAACUCAUCACAUAACAGUAGUAGUAUUAUACACCGACUGUGGAAGACCACAAUCCAUCCAUCCAUCCAUCCAUCAUCACACAAUACUUCAGACACUCACGGUACACGGUCGUCCACCUCCAUGCAAACAAAUCACAAUCAGGUGCUGACGUCAGGAGCGCAAUUAGUAGUGUCAAUGCUCGAGGGAGCGGCGAAUUCCUGCGUGACUAUAUCCUCCUGAGUCUCAGAGGUCUUUAUAAAGGACAAAAACUUUCACUAAACAAGACUAUGGUUCCAAAUUCAAAAACAAAACAUCGCUUCUGGGAUCCAGGAGGAUAUGCCGACAUACAUUAGGAUUUCUGCAGCUGAAAUUACGCUGCUCACAACUCCCAUAUUUACGCUUCACCUUUAAAGUCCUUUUAGCUUAAUGCCCUAAAAAUAUAAUAUACAAAUUGAAAGUUACGCCUCCACAAAAACCUAAAUAUGGAAUUGAUAUUGAUAUAAAACAGAAAUAUAUAUCACUACUUAAACUUUAAGUAUUCCUUACACUAUUUUAACUGAAGCGAUCAACCUCAGUACAUAAGUUAGGCAAUUUCAGUUAAAAAGUGCAUUCUACAUUAGUAACAAAACUUAUAUGGAAAAUAUAUGUCAUAUAGAAAAUGAAAGAAUACCAAAGACAUACAAUGUCUUGAAUGAUUUUUUUUUAAAUGCUACUGCUUUUAUUUUCGAUAUGAUUCUAAUGUCUAUAUAAUAAAGAGUACGCGGAAAGAACAUGUCUAGUCGCUUUAGUAACAUUUCGUGUAAACGCGUUUUUAAAGUUUGUAACGAUGUAAAAAUGUACGUUAAUUCCGUGACCAGGUUUUCUUUAACCUUUUGAACGCCACGCGUAUCGUACGAGGCGCGUAAUUGUGAACCUUGUCGGUACGCAUGAAGCUUGAUAUUGGGCUGUAGCCGCGCGCGUCAUAUGACGUCUUUGGCGGUCAAAAGACUAGACAUGUUUUCGAAAAAAGACUAGACAUGUUCUUUCCGUGUACCCUUCAUAUUCUCGAUGCAUCAUGGUUGCAUCAACAAGAUGCACUGAGUAUAUCAUGUCAGUAUAAAAUCAACAGAUGUUGAAAAUUUGAUUCCCGAAAAGUUUUUUUACUGUAAGUACUGAUACACUCGCGUUUUCUUAAUGCUGAUUGUUAAAUGAGGUCACUACAAAGGUUGUUAUUCCAUUAUUUAAUUAGAAUAAUAAUGUCACAGACGCGUGACCUUUCGAAAAGUGUUUAUCAAUUAUUCCUAAUACAAGUAUAUAAGGCAUACAUCCACAGGCGAGUUUCUGUGUGCAAUAGAAUUCUGCCGUGAGCCUUAUCAACAGGCCUCUUAUGUCGUAAAAUAAAUGUGCGAUUACAUUUUAUGCGAAAACUGAAAUGUACUGUUUCGUCAUUUUAUCAUAUUUCUAAAUGUGUUGAAACAUAAUGUAUCAAAAGUGACGUAAAGUAGACAUUAAGAUGAUUUUUUUUAGGGAAUUUAUCGAGAAUUCCCUUAUCGAGGUAAAAUGAUACAUUAUAGAAAUAACUAUGAAUUUAUGUAACUAUCUAAUUAUUAGACAAAUUUAAUAUUGGAGGUGGAGCUCAAUCUAACUUAAUUGAAUUUUAGAUCUUAUUAAAUCAAUAAACUAUUUUAAAUGAUUAGCUUAAUUUAUAGUUUGUAAGUUUAAUUUGCAAUACACGAACAUAAGUUCCAUAGAUAAAAAAUUAAGAGAAGAAUAUUUUUAAAACAAUAUCAGAUUGUAUUACAAAAGAAAAAACUAAUAAAGAGUGAUAUUAUCUGUGCCAAUUGAUAAUGGCCGUUGGUAGCUUCUAAAUUUGAAUUUUAAAAAGUAAUUAAGGGAAAAUAAAUUAGACAAUGCAUAUAUCUCUCAGUUUCAAUAUUUAUAAGAAAAAUGGGGUACAAAAAUCGUGUAAGGGGUGUACAGAUAAAACAGAAUGGAGAAAAUAAUCCAUAUUUACUUAAGGUAUACCUUAAUAGACAGAUAUUAUUUGAAAUCUAAGACCGUUCAGAUAUUAGUUCAGUAUUGAUUUCAGUUGAACAUUUAAAAUAAAAUGUUUACAUAUAUUUAUUAAGUAUAGUUUUUGAACGCCACACCUAUCAUGUGCAGCGCGUCAUUGUGAAUCUUGUCCAAAUGCACAAAGGUUGAUAUUUGGCUGCAGCCGCGCGCGUCACUUGACGGCUUUAGCGGUUGAAAUGUUAACAGACUAUGUAUGAACCUUAUGUGUUUGCAAUAAGGUAUAUUGUCAGUUAACUGAAAAGUCUAUGGUACUUUUUUCUGUAUUCUGUUUUAUCCAAAGCGUUGUUAGUUUGGAACGUAAAUGGUAUAUUUUCAACAACAGUACCCCUAGUGUAACUUUGAUCGACAUCAUAACGUGACGAACGCGUUUGCGUUAAGUCUCAUUUUGUAUAGGAUUUUGAGGUUCCAAAACGUCCCGCUUGGCGCGCUCUUUCGAAAUUCAAUACAAAAUGAGACUAAACGCAAACGCGUACGUCACGUUUGGAAAUGGAAUUUAUUUACACUAGGGGUACAGAUAUAAAAAUCGGCAACUUUAAGAACAGUUCUUUGUUUUUCAACCUAGCAACGCUUAGUCAGUUUUGCCUACAUUAUAAUCCAUAAAAAGUUAAUUACUUGUUUUGUUAAUUGAGGAAUAACUUAAGAAAAGUCUUAUCAUGUCCUCAAAUCUGCUUUGAAAAUAAUCCUUAAAGUUCAAUCAGUAGAGUCGAUUUUCGGGUAAAGAUGGAUUUUUUUAACAUAAAAAUAAUUAAAUGAAAAUUGUAGGCAAAACUGAAUGAUUACGUGUGUCGUAAGGAGAGUAUCUCAAUAUUUGAGGAUGUACAUUCAAAGAUAUCGAAUUGCCAAUAUUUUAUAUAUACAAUAUAAAAAUAUAACAUUUGUAAAUAGCCAUGAAGUUUAAUAAAUAUCUAGAAGUAAAAAGAAA